ACAUCCACAGCAAGACCAGGCAUCGAUGCCGUUCAAGGCUCGGUCCAAUGAUCAGAACAAGGUCAUCGUCGUCGGCAUAGCCAAGAGCCUGGACGAUGCCGGCCUCAGCGAUAUGUUUGGUCUAUACGGCACUGUCGCGGAAGCCAAAGUGGUGCUGGACGAGAAGAAGCAGUCUCGUGGGUUUGGAUUCGUCACGUAUGCCAGUGCCGCCGCUAAGAACAAAGCCAUCAAGCACAUGAACAAGUCCACGGUCGACGGGCGUGUGCUGACUGUGCGCGACGUCAUUCCCAAAGCAGAUCGAGAAGGGCAUGAUUCCAAGAAGGAGGAGAAGCAGAAAGUCGGCGUGUGCUGGGCGUUUCAAAAAGGGAUGUGCGACAAGGGCGACGCGUGCAAGUACCCGCACGAAGUCAAGGACGGGGAUUACGGUUCGUGCUUUGAGUUUGUGCAAUCUGGCAAAUGCAAACGCGGCGACGAGUGUAAGUUUGCGCAUACUGGCUCCAAAGCCAAGCAAGCCGACGAGUCCGCUUCCAAGGACGACCAGAAGGCUGUCGAUCCCGACAAGCCUCGCGUGUGCUUUGGGUUUCAAACUGGGAAGUGCCACCGUGGGAAAUCCUGCCUCUUUGUGCAUGAACUGUUAGAGGACCAGGCGAAAGAUCACCCUGUAGAAUCUAAGAAGCGUAAGCGAGAUGAAGACCCCAAACAGCAACUGGUGGCUCUCGUUGCGGCUGAAGAGAAGGCUUUUCAAGCGUACGAAGCGGCAAAGAAGGCGCGGCAGGAUUUGGAGCGCCAGCUCGGUUUCGAGCCCAAGGAGACGCCGGUAAAGCCCUUAGCUGCUGAAUCUGUGAAUACAAAGGACGUAAAUGGGGAAGUCAAGGGCAAGACCAUCACAAAAUCCUCGAAAAUUGUGAAAACAGAACGUGUCAAAUCCAUCGCUGAAGCAAAAGCACCCAAGUCGGCAGAAAAUGCGGCUCAAGGUGACUCGCCACGACUGAAAAAGGCCGACAAAACCAAGACCUCUGCAGUUGCCUCUCUCCGCGUUCCCAAAGUCGUUUCUGAACAUGACAACGAAGAUGACGAUGAUGAAGGCCCGCUGGUGACGAUGCAAGCAACCUUCGAUGAUGACGACGACGAUGGGGAUGCCCUGUCUUUCGUCAUUCAGAAAGCCAUCAAGAACAUGAAAAAAGUCGACGAGGAAUUGGAUGUGCCCCGAGCAGUUUCCCACACGCCUGGGAAGCCUGUCAAGUCGAGUGCCAAACCCACCAAGGUAGAAAAGUCUGUCCAAUCGAGUGCCAAACCAGCCAAGGCGGAGAAGGCACCCAAACCUAUCAAGUACGUUGUUCCUGUCCAUGACGACGUGGACAUGGGUGCUGCAUUCGACGACGAGCCGCCAAAGAAGAAAACGAAGACAAACGGCGCAUCCCGCCUCAAAGCUUCCGACCACAGACGACUUCGCCAGGAGAAGAAAAAAGCCGCACUGCAGCGUUUGAAAGAGAAGAAAGAGAUUGAAGUGAAUUAAGCAUGAUAUAGACCAUUCUAAUAUCAACAUCCGAGGGCAACCUCAAAGCGUAUA